AUUAAUAUUUAUAUCAUACGACAUAAUACAUCAUUUUGAGCUAAUUGCCUAAGCCAUAGGAUGUUCAGGGCACUUAUUACUUGUUUUCUUUGCUCGUUAGCUUUUGGUUAUGAAGAAGACGAAAUUGCACUUUUAGCCACUGUAAACCAAGAUCUAGCAACGGAUAUUUACACUGAGUUAACUACAGAUGAAGAGCGGGAUAAUUUUAUAUUCAGUCCGCUUUCUGCUCAGCUAGUUUUAAGUCUUAUCGCAGAGGGUGCAGCGGGUAGCACGCGAGCCGAACUAGAAGCCUAUCUCCCCCCUUCAACUACAGUUUUUGGGAGCUACUUAAGCAGACUACAUAAUGUCGAAAACAAAACAGUAUAUAAUAGUGCCAACAGAAUUUUCACCCGUCGUGAUAUAAGGUUAAACAGAGAUUUUGCUAAGAUAGCACGAGAAGUUUACAGAACGACUGUACAAAAAGUUAAUUUCCUAGAACCUCAACAAGCAGCCAGCAGUAUUAAUGAGUGGGUGAAUUGGCAACUAUUGUCUCAAAAGAAGGAUAGUUUAAGACCUGCGGUCAUCGCAGAUUAUAUGAACCCUCAUACGAAUCUAAUGUUUUUGAGUGUAAUUUACUUAAAUGUGACAUGGGAAAAAUCAUUUCAUUCUCGAACGGACAAGUUUUUUGAUGAAGGAAGUAAAGUAGCGAAAACGAUACCAUUUUUAGCUAGAACUGGGGUGUUCAAAUACUACGAUGAUAAAGAGAUAAAGGCAAAAUUUGUAGAAAUUCCUUUUACGGAUAUACAUUUUUCCACUGAACACGUAAGUAGAUAUCUCAGCCUUGUUCUUGUUGUUCCUUAUAAAAAAGAUGGGUUAAAACAACUAUCAGUUAAUUCGCAAAAGGUCUUUCAACCAAAACCUUAUACUAACGAAACAAUGCGACUAAGAUUUCCAAAAUUUAGUGUUGGAUCAAUAGUCGAUAUAGGCGAGAUAUUUAAAAGCUUGGGAAUAAAAAAAAUGUUCAGUAGGAAAGACGCUGAUUUUACAAACCUAGCCUAUAAUAAAUAUAGAAGAUAUUAUUUUACAAAAGUAUUACAAGAGUCGUACAUCGACAUAAAUGAACGUGGUGUUGAAUUAGUAAGUGGUGAUCAAAGUGAAACACCAACGCGUUCUUUUCAACCAUCAUUAAAUGUGGACCAUCCAUUUAUUUACUAUAUUCAAAGAGAGGGUGUUAUUAUUUUUGCUGGACGUGUCACCAAUCUUCCCAACUAAUAAUGACAGAUCAAUUAAUGACAUAUAGAAGAAAUAUUUAAAAUAAUUUUGGUAUUAAUAUUGCACCAAUAUGUUAAAUAUAAAACAAAUAAAUUUU